AUGAGUGGCCCGGCAGACGCAGCGAGGCGAGAGAGUGCUUCCUCCGUCUCUAUUGAUGCGCUCGUGGACGAAAUUGACCAGGUCAUGGACGACAUGCGCGAUGCACCGCCUAGCAUGUCGGAUGCCUCGCGGUCGUCGUCCAUCUGCAGUGGGGCCGGUCGCCGACGGCGCCCAUUGCCACAGACCCCGCCCCUCCCACCUGCGUGGCAGAGUCAUUCGAUGCAGACUGGUUCGUCUACCGUGAUGUCUCCUGCGCCGAUGCGCCGCGAUGCAGAGCGACCUUGGCCCUCCGUAUCGCGGCAGAGCAGUAUCGAUUCGGUCUUGCCAGCUUACACGCAACGAACCGAGGCUGAGCCGCAUGCGCAUGUGUCUUCCUUGAUCGGCACAUCCGUGGACUUGUCUCGUCUGUCCCAAGUAUCACAACUGCUAAGCUGCAUCUUGGAACGCAAGCCGCUCAUCAAAGGCAGCGUGGUGUAUCCCCUGAGUUUUACCGGGCGCACACUGAUUGAGACGUUGACAUCGAUGAUCACACAGUAUGCAAAGGUCUCUCCAUGUUUUGAGCUGGAUCCUACAGCGCUGGAGGGCACAGCGCACCAGCUGGCGUUGAGCAUGGCUCACUCGCUCAAGACACAGCUCUACGUCCACGAGGCUGACUGGGAAGAGCAGGACAUUACGAAUGACCUGGGAGGUGUGUACAUGUUGUCGACCGACAGUCUGAGUACGAAAAAGGACGUGCCUGGUCAAGACGCAGUGCAUGGGAUCCACACACAGCUGUUUGUCGUAAGCCAAGACAUCCACGUCGCCCUCAGUGCCACGGCGGCCGCGGCCUGUAUGACAGCGGCCGAAGGCGAGCGGCCGACAGGGAUCAUCUCACCAUUAACACAUUGCUACAGCCCCACAUGUGCUCUCACGCAUGGACAGGGAUGCUACUCGCCCAGCUGUCCUCGCCAAAACGCAGCAUUGGCACAGGUGCAUGUCUCGCAGGAGAUGGAGCCGGGCGAGUCGCUCUCGGCCGCCAAGGCAUGGGUCGAGAUUUUUCCACAAAGUGUGGUUAGCUCUUUACCACGCGAAGAGGUCAAGCGCCAGAACGCGAUUCAUGAAUUCAUCCAGAAGGAAGAGGCGUUUCUCAGAGACUUGCAGCUGCUGACGCUGUUUUGCAGCAAGCUGCAGGCACUCGCAGCGCCAACGCCGACUCUGGCCUUGCCUCCUGAUGCGCCGCUGACGGGAGAGGCACUGACUUCCUUUGUGGAAGACGUGUUUGGGCCAGUGUUUACCUUGCUGCCGCGUAUUGCGCAGUUUGUGGAUCAUAUGCAUGAACGCCAGCGAGAACAGGGACCGGUGAUCCAAUGCAUGGGCGAUGUGGUCACUCGCGCCGCGCUCGAUUGGCGCACCGAGUACGUGUCCUAUGUGACGCACUACCCUGCUGCGCUCGCGCACCUGAAGGCGGAGUGCGAAUCGAAUGCCCGCAUGCAGCGGUUCGUGGACGACUGUCGUCGGUACCCGGCUGCUGGGCGGCAUCCGCUGGACAACUUUUUAUUUCGUCCGCCUGCGCGCCUGCAGCGCUACCACUUGCAUCUCGAAUCCAUAUUGAAGCACACGUCCGAGUACAGCGAUGACCGCGAUGCCCUGCAGCUGGCUAUAGAGGUGCUGGAUGAGCAGUGUUUGGUGGCGCAAUCGGGCGUCGAGGCGACGGAGGCACGUCUGGACAUGCGCGCGCUGGCGAAUCAGCUCACAGCCAAGCGCCUUGAUGACUACAUCGAUAUGAACUUGCUCGAUGCUCGGCAUCAAUUGCUGCAUCGCUCGCGUGUAUUUCGCCGCCCGGACAAUUUUGAGUUUGAAUGGACGCGGCUGGAGGCCAUUCUCACGAAUCAGUUCCUCGUGCUGGUCAAGCCCAGGGCCCACGACGACCCAGAGGCAGGUGCCCCUAGCAGCCGCCGAAAGCUCGUGCUGAGCCGCAAGCCUAUUCCCGUGGUCUGCUUGGGAUCGGGCGGCUUCGAUUUGGCGCCCACGGGACGUGGCUCCAUCAGCCGGCAUUGGAUGCCCACGAAUGUGAGCGAAAUGUAUCCGUUCCAAGUUUGGCACAAGCUGCACACGAACCAGUCGCCGAUCACGCUGUAUGUGUGCACUCGCGACGAGCGCGAGGAGUGGCGGCGGGCGCUCGAGACAUUGCCCCCGACAUCGCCGCAUACAUUUGUUCGCACCGACCUCAGUGGCGAUGUGUUCUCGGCACGCGCCGAGCCUAGCGAGACGUACGCACUCGUCAAGGAUGCGCCAUGGGCGCGUCCAGACGUGACAUGUGCCACGACUUGGCUAUGGCGGGAUCGUGUCCUCCUCGUGGCGAUCGGCACGACCGAAGGAAUAUGGAUGGGGCGAUACGGCGAUCCCCCCACCCUGCGCAAAGUCCUGCACAUGAAGGGUGUUACGCAGUGUGCCGUCCUGCAGGAGUACAGGCGUUUUCUGGUGCUGGCCGACAAGUCACUGAUCGCGUACGAUCUCGAGGCGCUCGUGCCAAGUGGCCAAGGCACACUGAGUGCUGCGCCGAUGCGCAUCGGCAGCGGCCGCGACGUGCACUUUUUCUCCUACGGGCACGUCCACGCGACGCCGAUGCUCGUGUAUGCCAAGCGUAAGACGACGGAGACGAGUGUGCGGCUGCUGACGCCGCAGACGUCGCUCGACGCUGCUGGGCAGAUGAUGCUGACCGGCUUCCAACUCGUUCACAAGUUCUACGUGUACCCCGAGGCGCUCCAGAUCCAGUGUGUUCGUGACGGCGUGCUGGUAUCGACGCCGCGCACCGUGUACACGUACCGCUUUACGUCGCACAUGCUCGUGCCGCUGCUCUCGCUGCGCCAGAAUGAUGAGCGGGCUCAUGCUCUGGUUCGGCAAUGGGAGGCAGGUGUUGUUUUGGGCGUGUUCCACGAUGCUGAGCGAGGCUGGCUCAUGUGCUAUGACCGCGGCGCAUUUUUCGUGGAUGAGCACGGCACCAUGGUGCACAUGGAGUGCACGUUCCAAUGGGAAAAGGCUGUAGACCGCGUCGUACUGGCCGAUCAGCACGUGUUUGCCUGCUCGACGACGCAUGUCGAGGUACACGAGGCUCGGACGGGUCGGCUGGUACAGCUGCACGAAGGUCAAGAUAUCCAGAUGCUCGUGCACAACGACACUGAGCAUGCACUGGGCACGCCGCCGAUCCUCGUGGAGCGUGUGCCGUUCGGCACAACGCAGGUCCAGCGUGUCGUGGCAUACCAACAGCGUUCAUAA